GCAGCGCAAUUUGUCAGAGUACGGAUGGUGUCUGCCUGCCUCGCUACUCGCGCGCACGUCUGCUCAUUUUUCGGGGGGCACAGAAGCUCCAACCGAGGAACUGACUGCUUGAAAACCUCCAAGCGUCGCUCAGCUCUCUUCAUCAUGUUGUUCUCACAGUUUUGAGCUCGUUUGUGUCUUUUGUUUUUCCUGCUGAAGCCUCUCUGAGUUGACUGGUACCGGGAGAAAGAGGAGAGGGAGGAGGAGGACUCGGUUCUUGUACCAGAGAGAGAAAAAAGGAACAGGAAAACAGAAGAAUGAAACAUUGGACUGUUGCUCGUGUGUUUUUUCUGCACUGAUACGGUGAUUGAAGCUGCAGGGAUAUAACACAUUCAGCUUUUGUUCCCGUCAAUGCACGACCGCUAGAAGAGAAAGGAGGAACGCGCUGCAACGUUACAAGUCCGGGAUCAUCACCUCCAAGACCCAAGGCAGUCCUCGACUUACAGGGCAUCACCCUAAAACCAGAGGAACCAUGUCUUCUACGAAAUACAAGAAGGAUAAGGAGAUCAUAGCGGACUAUGAGACCCAAGUGAAAGAGAUCCGUAACCAGCUGGUGGAGCAGUUCAAAUGCUUGGAGCAACAGUCUGAGUCUCGUAUCCAGCUGCUGCAAGACCUGCAGGAGUUCUUCCGCCGCAAAGCAGAGAUCGAACUGGAGUACUCCCGCAGCUUAGAGAAACUGGCCGAGAGGUUCUCCUCCAAGAUCCGCAGCUCCAGAGAACACCAACAGUUCAAAAAAGACCAGCACCUGCUGUCCUCAGUAAACUGUUGGUACCUGAUGCUGAACCAGACGAGGCGAGAGAGCCGUGACCAUGCCACCCUCAGCGACAUCUACACCAACAAUGUCAUUGUCCGCUUGGCCCAGAUCAGCGAGGACAUCAUCCGUCUGUUCAAGAAGAGCAAGGACAUUGGGAUCCAGAUGCACGAGGAGCUGGUGAAGGUGACGAAUGAACUCUACACUGUGAUGAAAACAUACCACAUGUACCACACUGAAAGCAUCAGCGCAGAGAGCAAGCUGAAGGAUGCAGAGAAGCAGGAGGAGAAGCAGUUCAGCAAGUCCGGAGAUCUUAACGUGAACCUCCUGCGCCACGAGGACCGCCAGCCGAGACGCAGCUUCGUCAGGAAGAUUGAGAAGAUGAAAGAGAAGAGGCAAGCCAAGUACUCCGAGAAUAAGCUGAAAUGCACAAAAGCCCGGAACGACUAUUUGUUGAACCUGGCGGCAACAAAUGCAGUUGUGGCAAAAUAUUACAUCCAUGACGUCUCUGAUAUGAUUGAUUGCUGUGACCUGGGCUACCAUGCUAGCUUGGCACGCACCCUCAGGACCUACUUAUCUGCCGAAUACAACCUGGAGACAUCACGCCACGAGGGACUGGAUAUCAUAGAGAACGCGGUGGACAACCUGGAUUCCCGCAGUGACAAGCACAAGAUCAUGGAUAUGCAUAACCAGGUGUUCUGCCCUCCAAUGCGCUUUGAGUACCUGCCACACAUGGGAGAUGAGGUGUGCCAGGUGAGCGCCCAGCAGCCCGUCCAGACUGAACUCCUGAUGCGCUACCACCAACUGCAGUCUCGCUUAGCUACGCUAAAGAUUGAAAACGAGGAGGUGAGAAAGACCUUGGAUGCCACCAUGCAAACGCUGCAGGACAUGCUGACGGUAGAGGACUUUGACGUGUCGGAUGCCUUCCAACACAGCCGCUCCACUGAAUCCAUUAAGUCUGUGGCCUCCGAGUCCUACAUGAGCAAGCUGAAUGUAGCCAAGAGGAGGUCGAACCAACAGGAGACUGAAAUGUUUUACUUCUCGAAAUUCAAGGAGUACCUGAAUGGCAGUAACCUCAUCAUUAAGCUGCAGGCCAAGCAUGACUUGCUGAAGCAGACACUAGGCGAAGGGGAAAGGGCCGAGUGUGGAACUACAAGGCCCCCCACCCUUCCCCCUAAACCACAGAAAAUGCGGAAGCCUAGGCCGCGAUCCGUGUAUAACCAUAAGCUGUUUAAUGGCAAUAUGGAGACCUUCAUCAAGGAUUCAGGUCAACCGAUCCCACUUGUUGUUGAAAGCUGUAUCAGAUACAUCAAUCUAUACGGCUUGCAGCAGCAGGGCAUAUUCCGUGUGCCAGGAUCACAGGUGGAAGUCAAUGACAUUAAGAACUCAUUUGAGAGAGGUGAGGAUCCCUUGAUUGAUGAUCAGAAUGAGCAUGACAUCAACUCAGUGGCAGGGGUGCUGAAGCUGUACUUCAGAGGACUGGAGAACCCCCUCUUCCCAAAGGAGCGCUUCCUGGACUUCAUCUCUACCAUCAAGCUGGAGUCUGGAGCUGAGAGAGCGCAUCACAUCCAGCAGAUCAUUGUGACUCUUUCUCGCACCAUCAUAAUCGUCAUGAGAUACCUCUUUGCUUUUCUCAAUCAUCUCUCCCAGUACAGUGACGAGAACAUGAUGGAUCCAUACAAUCUGGCUAUCUGCUUUGGUCCGACCCUGAUGCCAAUCCCAGACGGACAGGAUCCUGUAGCAUGCCAGGCACAUGUUAAUGAGGUCAUCAAGACUAUCAUCAUCCACAAUGAACUCAUCUUUCCCAAUCAGCGUGAGCUGGACGGCCCGGUGUAUGAAAAGUGCAUGACUGGGGGGGAGGAGUACUGUGACAGCCCACAUAGUGAACCAGGAACUAUUGACGAAGCUGACAAUGGAACUGAGCCACACACCAGUGAUGAAGAGGUGGAACAGAUCGAGGCCAUCGCUAAGUUUGACUACGUGGGACGCACUCCCAGGGAGCUGUCCUUCAAAAAGGGAGCGUCCCUGCUUCUGUAUCACCGGGCGUCUGAAGACUGGUGGGAGGGCCGCCACAAUGGCGUGGAUGGCCUCAUCCCCCAUCAGUACAUUGUAGUCCAAGACCUGGAUGAUGCUUUCUCAGAUAACCUCAGCCAGAAAGCAGAUAGUGAAGCGAGCAGUGGACCUUUGUUGGAUGACAAGGGUUCAUCCAAGAAUGAUGCUCCGUCACCAUGUGAACAGUCACCAGAUUACAACUUUGGAGGAGUCAUGGGGAGGGUGAGGCUACGGUCAGAUGGAGCUGCAAUCCCACGUCGCCGCAGCGGUACAGACACCCACAGCCCAACCAGAGUGGCUGACACUCCGCCGCGCGCUGCAGCCUGUCCCAGCAGCCCCCACAAGGUAUCCAUUAGUAAGGGUCGCAUGGAGAGCCCAGAAAAGAGGCGACUUGGCACCUUUGGCAGUGCAGGAAGCAUCAACUACCCAGACAGGAAGACCUAUCCUGAAGGCCACCCUCUGAGACCAGUGCCGGGGGCCACUCGUCACAGCAGCCUCGGGGAUCACAAAUCACUGGAGACUGAAGCUCUGGCUGAGGACAUAGAAAAGACUAUGACCACAGCGCUUCAUGAGCUCCGUGAACUGGAGCGACAGAACACAGUUAAGCAGGCUCCUGACGUGGUCUUGGACACCCUGGAGCCCAUGAAGAACCCAGUUAGCUCCGAGCCCGGCAGCCCUCUGCACACCAUUAUGAUUCGUGACCCGGAUGCAGCCAUGCGCCGCAGCAGCAGCUCCACCUCUGAGAUGAUGACCACCUUCAAACCGGCUCUCUCUGCCCGGCUGGCUGGGGCUCAGCUACGCCCCCCACCCAUGAGGCCGGUGCGCCCUCCUCCUAACCAGCACCGCUCGAGCAGCUCCAGCUCUUCAGGGGUCGGCAGCCCUGCCGUAACUCCCACUGAGAAGAUGUUUCCUAGUAACAGUACAGCUGCUGGUUCUAAUAUGAAUGCGUCCAGUGAUGCUGGAGAUAAAUCUGGUACCAUGUAGCAAAGGUUGAAUCCGCUAGGUGGGAAGGUUGUUCAGCUUCCCAAGUCAGGGGAAAGCUGAUGGAAAUGAGUGCUGAUGUGUGAAAAGCAGAUAUGGAUAUUUUCAUCUCUGUUUUCUGCCUGACUUAAUUCAUAUAAUUCAGGAAGCUCUUGAAGCGAGCCUACAAUACGUUACCAUGGUGAUAAAGCGGCGGAAGAAGCUGUAGAGGUGUGAUAGCGUAACCCUCACCUCUCUUUGAAACUUGAUUUAACUAAAGGAAAUGUGUAUAAGAAUACACGUGUUUCAGUUUUACCUCAGUUUCAACAAGAAAAUCUGUGGCCAUGUUCUCGUUUCAGAGAUACAGUGAAUGCAAGUGAAGCAAUACUUGUGUGACAUUUCGUAUUUCUACCCAACACACGCUGUCCAGCUGAUGUUUCAGUCACACCCGCUGAUGUGCGUGAAACACCUCAUCUGGACGGGUGUAAACAUUCAGGCUAAAAUACCAUGUUUGGUUACCGGGUAGGUCGCAGGCCUUACGGCUGUACAUACACACUUACUUGAAGUCGCCAUGCUUUCUGUUUGUACUAUAAUACAGUGGAUGUUCAGCAAAGUACAGUAACAACUUAGUGACAUUAUAUACUUCUGCAUGUGGGGUUUGGAGGAAAUAAGGAAAAGUAAAAACUUGCAUCAUUAAGAGAUUUUUAAUGGUGCUGGAUUUUCUCAUAUGGUCAUUGUAAGCAUAAUGUAACAGUUUGAAACCUAAUUUAAUGGAGAAAAAAAGUUUCAGAUGUCGAAAUAUUUGAUGAAGUAAAACAUGGGGAUGUUAUAGUGUUUUAUUUUAAAUCUGCCAUGUGUGUGGUACCGUCCACUACUAAAGAUAAAAGCAUCCUGGCAUGAAGAUGAUCCCUAAAGUCUGAGACAUACUAAUCAGAACUUAUCCUCCACUAUCAUGUACGGGGCAGACUUAACAUGUCUGCCUCCAUGUUAUUUUCUGUGUCCUGUAUAUGAAAUGCAGAAAACUAAUACGUCAACUAAUGUGGGAAAACCUGUGGUAAACCUGUACAUAAUAUAUAGCUAGUAAUUUUUUAAGUGUUAAUCUUGUACAGGCUAAUACAAAAAAGGCAACGGGUCGGCUGUGAAUGGCACUUAGAGUAAAGAAAUCACCUUUUUAUUUCUUCAGUAAACUCCAAACAUACUCUUUAACGGUAUAAAAUAGAGUUCAAAUCUUGUACUGUGUGCUUAGAAUGCAGUUUGUAAUUGUACUGUAGAAAAUGGAUCGCUGUUGAACGAACAACAGAGGCCCGAAUAAAUGUUUCCUCCAUCACGUUUUUGACACACUCGCCCAUUUUCACACAAAACCUAAACUUUUGCCUCUCCAUGUCUAAUUCGGGCGAUUUUAUUAUUGCAUAAGACACAUGGAAAAGUACCUUCUGAUGGUUCCUCUUUAAAAUUUAAAAUCUGAUACACACCCAGAGGAACCUGCCAAGUAGAUGUUGUGACAUGCAGUUAUCACAGCUAUCACAGUUUCCUUCCUUCCUUCCUGCCUUCUUCUCGCCCUUGCUGACAGAUGCAGUUUUGCUCUGACUGUUUCUUUCGUUGGGAGAAAUCUAAAUAGAGAACAUUUCAGUGUUUAUAUCUACUGUACCUCUUGUCAUUCUGGCAGCUCUAGUCCAGAGACCUUGUUACCCGCAUCCCAAAGAGCCUGCUCUCUUCUGCAUGUUUUGCGCUGUAAUGUCUGACUCAUACUCUGCGGCAGUUAAACGAUGGCUGUAUGUGGUGCCUUGCCUUGGUAAAACGCACAAAUUGACUCAAUAUUGGAUGUUUGAUUUUUUUACUUUAAAUAAACAGGCCUUAAUAUUAAUGGGGAUUGGGAAUGAUUAAUAAAGCUGCUUGUUGCAGUUGCUAAAAUAGAGGGGAAACAAUAAUGCUUGAUUGAGUAAAAUAAAGUUACAUAGCAUGUGAACCAGGCUCUGAUCCCACUGUCAACUCUGCAGUCAGUCUGUACAUUAUGCAGUGUCACUGAGAUACAUGAAUAUUUGCUUGUUGUCAAUGGAUUGAUUCUUAAGAGCAGAGAGCUCCUACAGCCAGAAAAAGGCAAUACAGCAUUUAAAGUCAGUGCACUCACACCCUCUGCUGGUUCCUGCUGGUAUUGCCUCUUCCUGUGACAAACCAGUGGACACCAUCACCUUUACAUGGGCAUUAUGAUCUGGAGCUAAUAUAACAAUCACUAAGCUCAUUUAUAUAAGUCUAUACGUCUGUCCUGGUUACAGUUGUGCACCUCUCGAAAUCUAUGAAGAUACAAAAAAAAAGUGUAUACGAAGAAAGCACACAAUUUCAAAAGGUGAAAUAAUCAUCGUUAUAUUUAACUAGACUGUUGUGUUUUUUAUUUAUAGACACUUGUGUAAGUGGAGCAGAAAAUUUGAGUGCCUUUUGCGCACAACAUCAAUUUUUAUUAGACUUUUAUAUUUACUUUUUUUUUUUACUGUAAUAUGUUGUCUAUUAGUUGUCAUGUUUAUUAUUAUAAACUGAGGUUGCUUUUUUUAAUCUUUACUUUCAAUUGCUACUUGUCAAACCACCACAAGGAAUACAUGGUGUAAAGAUACUCCUGUCAUGACUUACAGAAGAAUCAUCAUUAAAAAUGCUUGUUUGUGUUUGGGGUGAUCGCUGAUGAAUAGGAGUUAUAGAAACUACUGUAAACGCGAUCUGCUGGUGAAGUUCAGUAGAAUCAUCUCAGAAUAUUUCUCUCAUUUUUUUUUUGUUUUCCGUGUGAACUGCCUGUGCUGUGGUUGAGCCGUGACUUGCCAUUUAGCUCCUUCCCUUCAUUGCAGUAUUGUUGGAAACCACAGGACUGAUACGGACCCUCUCCUUGCAGAGGUUGUAAGGCACCUGGUGCGCUGUCCUUCCCCCCUACAUGUGAUGUUACACAGACAUUUUCUCUCCUGGAAUGUAUGCUGAAAUGGGUAACGCUGAUCGUCUGCUGACGUGAGAGGACAAAAGAGGACGUCACAGUAAGAGAGCAGACUGUCAUGUCGUGAGGACCGUGAGUGUGAGUUGCUGUCACACUGUUUACCUUCUCUUUAAUUGUUUGUCUAGUGAUGCUGUUUGUUGAUGAGUGUCUGGUUGGUUGAAACCCUGUGAUGUAAUGUACACCAUACCACUGACUGGAUGUUGAAAACCCCUGCAUCCAAAUAAAACCAUUAUUGCUCUGUGA